AUGAAAUUAAAUAAUAGGUUUGUGGCCUUAACAGCCAUUUUGUUGGUAUCAACAUGUACGAUUAACGUAAAAUCGCUAAAUAUCCCGUUCUUCUCAGAUUUAAAGCAUAAAUUAUCAAAUCGAUCAAACACAUAUGAUUCCAAAAGUGAUUCUACAUCAAAGCCAAAAAGGGUUGAAAGAGUAUUAGGUAAAAUAAAUACAGAAAAAGAUGAUAAAGCCGAAAGGGCGUCAAAACCGACAUUUGUGCAAAUGUUCGAAAAGUUUACGGAUCCUUUGUCGAAGGACUUUCCCCCAAACUUUAGAAGGAACUACGCAAUAUUUCUACUAGUGUUCACACUGCUGGUGAUGUACGCAGUGGCAGGAUACAGCAGAAAUAAGAAGAUAGCGACGGGACUGUCUCUGGCAGUAGAACAGGCGUUGGAGGACAACUUCGCAUACGUGGAACGCGACCCAAACCUGCUGGACGUGAAGGGGUGGAGCCACUUUGAGAUGUACGCGUCAGGAAGAACGAGCUGCAGAGGAAUGCUGAUAAAACUGGACGUAAGUUGUAACGAAAAUGAGAGUGUGCAGCUUCGGAAGCGACAAUGUUUCUGGCACGAGACGCUGAUAACACUGUUUCAGCCACAGAACGACCAAGUGACCUACGACAUACUGUUCGAGUCACUGUUGAUGUUUACUAACGUGUACGAUUGCAAGGAAGUUCCGGAUAACGUGAGAGUGUACCUGGACUCUAACGAUAAGUCGGUGCUGCAAUUCGCAAACUACGUGCUACACCAACUUAACCCAUUUAUAAAUAACCUGGAACACCUGUACCUAUCGGAUGUGGAUUCAACAAACACAACUCUUACGAAAAAGCCGAGACUACAAUGCAGAUUUACACUGACGAAAAACUACGACGAUUUUAAUCAACUGACGAGGCUAGUAGUGCACAUAGCGGACUGCGCAAAAAACUUCUCACUGCCACCAAAGGUGAGAGAACUGACACUGAAGGAAAGAUCGGAGCUGGAGCUGGCCUAUAACAAACUAAACAGGAGUCAGAGAGAUGAAUCGAAUGAAGAUGAACCUGAGAUAACAAGUGAAAUGAUGAAGAAAUAUGAAGAAAAGAUGGCAAGAAAAAACAAGGCAGUCAGUAAUAUUAAAAUAAGGGAAGAUAUAGAAAGAUUGAAAAAAUUAAGGGAUCAGGGAAUGACGACGACAAGGAAUCUCGAAGAAUCACUGGAAUUUAAAAACCCAUACCUGCUAGAAAAGAUAAUGAGGGUGUUUGACAUAAAGGAAUACUCAUCGAACUACAAUAAGGACGUAUACGACCCAUCAGUAUAUGAGGCACUAGCGAAAGAGCCUCUCGACACAAAAGGUAAUCAACUCAGCAGGUUAGAGCGUGUGGCUGUUAACCACAAGGUCGUAGGUUCGAUCCCUACCGGUACCGCUUUUUUUAAAAAACGAUUUCUUGGAGGAUACUCAAACAGGAGAUUCUACACCUUAUCAUGUUAUCAAUGUGGGAUUCACAACAAUAAUUGUUCCAAGCAAAUUUUCAGUAAAAUAAAAGUAUGUUCAGAGGAAUUGUCAAACGUGUGUUAUAUCCUAGGAGACGCACAUGUUAUAAACAGAUCUGAUAAAAUAUACCAAUUUUCCGGAAACAGGAUUUCACGGAAAUUAGAAGCUGAAAAAAAGCAAAUAGCAAAAUAA